AUGGCGUUCGAGGCGGCUGUAGUAGGCCUCCCUGGCAACUCGUAUGCGUUCACCAACUGCGUGUACGUGCACCUGGACGACUUCAUGUCGUUGGUCAAGCAGACACCCCCGGGAGUCGUUACAAAAGAGGAUCUACGUGCACACGGUCUCAAUGUCUGGAUUAACCGCAAGUUCGUCAUGGCUGCCAAGCCCCACAAGGAAAUUCAACCGGGAAGUGUGGCUGUGGGUACUAUGCAACGUAUGUGUGUGGGGCUGCCCCUCAAUCAGGCUUGCGAGGUCUCGGUAUAUGCUCCUUCGAGUGCUGCUAAGGGCGUCCUCAGUACAGUCACCUUCGAGAUCCAGCAGGUUCUCACACGUGCACAGGGCAACGAAAUGCGAGUCGUAGACUGUAGUCUACUCAAGGACGUCUUUGAGGCGGAAUACACGCAUCAGGUCUUCGCUGUGGGGCAACUCAUGGCAGUCAGGUGCGAAGGUCUCCCUCUGCGUCUGCAGUGCAUCAACAUCGACACAGUGGACGGGGACAAUGGCAAUCUCGACUCCUUCGCCCCACGUGUCGGUGCCUAUCUCCAUGGAGCCAUCAUCAACUUCACCAAGGGGAAGGACGCCCCCAUCCGCCUUACUAACCAGUCCAGCGGCAUGACGCGCACGGUAUUUAAGCCGGAUUUCGACUUCUCCAAGCUCGGUAUCGGAGGUCUGGACAAGGAAUUUAAUGACAUCUUCCGUCGUGCCUUCGCCUCGCGAUUAUUCCCGACAGAUGUCAUCCAGAAGCUCGGUAUUCAACACGUGCGCGGUAUGCUGCUCUUCGGGCCGCCUGGUUGCGGUAAAACGUUGAUCGCUCGAAAGAUCUCGCAGGCGCUGACUGCCAAAGAGCCCAAGGUGGUCAACGGCCCUGAAAUCCUCGACAAGUUUGUGGGUGAAUCCGAACGCAAGAUCCGUGAGCUCUUUUCUGACGCACGCAAAGACCAGGAAGAGCUCGGAGACGAGAGCGACGUGCACAUUAUCAUCUUUGAUGAAAUUGACGCUAUCUGUAAGCAGCGUGGCUCAAGCCGUGAUGGCACAGGCGUCGGUGACAGUGUCGUGAACCAGCUGCUGACCCAAAUCGACGGUGUGGACAGUCUGAACAACGUCUUGGUCAUCGGCAUGACGAACCGAAAGGAUAUGCUUGAUGAAGCUCUGAUGCGUCCGGGUCGUCUCGAAGUGCAGAUUGAGAUUAAUCUACCGGACGAAAAGGGCCGCGCUCAGAUUCUUAAGAUUCACACAGACCGCGCCCGUGAGAAAGGGGCGCUGCAUCCGAAGGUUAUCGCUGACCUGGACAACUGCCUGGACCCGACUAAGUUCGUGAGCGACGACCCGGACUACAAAAACCUCGUUCAACGCACCAAGAACUUCUCCGGUGCUGAAAUCGAAGGUUUGGUGCGUGCUGCCACAGCGCACGCUCUGUCACGUGGUACUGAUGGGCGGACCAUGCACGCUAUUGCCAACUUUAACCCGGAAAUCUCGAUGGAGGAUUUCGCCCUGGCACUGGAGGAAGUGAAGCCCAAGUUCGGCGCCCCCAGCGAUCAGCUGGCGCUGUUCUACAAGAACGGACUGAUCCCGUACGGCAGCUCGUUUACGGAUGUGCGUGAGGCUCUGUCCCGUGUGAUUGAGCAAGUCCGCUCGAACGACAAGACGCCGUUGAUGUCGGUACUGCUGCACGGCGAGCGCGGCGCCGGAAAGACUGCGCUGGCGACGUACUGCGCUGUUGCUAGCGAGUUCCCGUUGGUGCGCAUGGUGAAGGCGUCGGAGCUUAUCUCGCGCGCCGAGAGCGGCAAGUGCUCGUACAUCUACAACCUGUUCGAGGAGGCCUAUCGAUCUCCACUCAGCAUCAUCAUUCUGGACGACAUCGAGCGUCUCAUGGACUACGUUGGUCUGGGCCCCCGCUUUUCGAACCUGGUGCUGCAGGCUUUGAUGGUGCUGGUGCGCAACCCUGUUCCCGUGGCUGGUCGCAAACUCGUGGUGAUCGGCGUCACAUCCAACAUUGCCGCCAUGCAGGCGGUGGAGCUGAGCGACGUGUUCGAUCUGUGUCUGGAGGUGCCGCAGCUCACGCAGAAGGACGAGCUCGACGUUGUCCUGACGCACACGGGGCUUCCCGUGGCGGACGACCAGAAGGACGAGGUGCUGACGCUGCUGUCGGACCGCCCGAUAUCGGUCAAGAAGCUGCUGUUGGUGGCGGAGAUGGCCAAGGAGGAGCUCAACCGCACGGGCGAGAGCAACAUCACGGCGCACCAGCUCAUCGAAUGCGCCUACAAGUUCGUGUAG